AUGGCUCCGCAGCCGACAUCUGACAGCGCGAACGGCGCCGCGACCGGCGCCGGCGGAGGUGGGGAGAUUGUGAUUGACGAGGAUCUGCACAGCCGACAGCUGGCGGUGUAUGGCCGCGAGACGAUGAAACGCUUGUUCGGCGCGAAGGUCCUUAUUUCAGGACUCAACGGCCUUGGCGUGGAAAUCGCCAAGAACGUGAUUCUAGCGGGCGUGAAGUCUGUGACAGUGCACGAUACAGUCACAGUAACAGUGCAGCACCUCUCGGCGCAGUUCUUCCUCUCCGAGGCCGACGUGGGGCAGAACCGCGCGCAGGCGUGUGCUGCGCGGCUGCAGGAGCUCAACAAGGCCGUGGAGGUCCAUGUGCACACGGCGCCCAUUGAGAAGGAGUUCCUGGGGGAUUUCCAGGCUGUUGUGUUCACGGACCUGCCUCUCGACCAGGCCAUCGAGUUCGACGCAUACUGCCACGCGCACUCCCCCCCGGUGCCCUUCAUCCGCUGUGAAACCCGGGGCGUGUUCGGUGCGAUCUUCUGCGACUUCGGCCCCAAGUUCACCGUCACCGAUGUCGACGGGGAGGAGCCUUUCUCGGGAAUCGUUGCAUCUGUUGCCAAGGAUUCCCCCGAUGCACUCGUAACCUGUGUGGAUGAUGAACGGCUGGGAUUUCAAGAUGGCGAUCUGGUGGUGUUCUCGGAGGUCCGGGGGAUGACGGAGCUUAACGACGGGAAGCCGCGCCGCGUGAGGAACGUGCGGGCGCAUUCGUUCCUCUUAGACGAUGACACGUCAGCUUAUGGCGCGUAUGAAAGCGGCGGGAUUGUGACGCAGGUGAAGCAACCCAAGGAGUUGGCCUUUCGGCCGCUCGCAGCUUGCCUGGACCAGCCCGGAGAGUUCCUGCUGAGCGACUUUGCCAAGUUCGACCGCCCGCCGCUGCUGCACCUCACCUUCCAGGCGCUGGACGCUUUCCGGAAGGAGACCGGGAGGUUUCCCGUGCCGGGGUCAGAAGCUGAUGGGGCGAGGGUGGUGGAGCUGGUUAGGGAGGUGAAUGGGCGGGUGGGGAAGGAUGCGCAGGUGGAGGAGGGGGUGGUGAAGGAGGGGGAGGGGCUGAUAAGGCAGCUGGCUCACGGGGCGAGUGCGGAGAUUUGCCCGAUGGCGGCCAUGUUUGGAGGGAUUGUGGGGCAGGAGGUGGUUAAGGCGUGCUCGGGCAAGUUCCACCCGCUCUUCCAGCUCUUUUACUUCGACUCUGUCGAGUCGCUUCCAACCGAGCCCCUGUCAGCGGAGGAAACAGCGCCCACCAACACGCGCUAUGACGCACAGAUCGCCCUCUUUGGCCGCACGCUGCAGGCGCGCAUGCACGCCGCCUCCACCUUUGUGGUGGGUGCAGGUGCGCUGGGCUGUGAGCUGCUCAAGAAUCUGGCUCUUAUGGGCGUUUGCUGCUCGCCCCCAGGGGAGAAACCUGCUGCUGCUGAUGAGAGUGUGCCGUUGAGCGGCAAGGGCUACCUGACGGUCACGGAUGACGACACGAUCGAGAAGAGCAAUCUCAGCCGUCAGUUCCUCUUCCGCGACUGGAACAUCGGGCACGCAAAAUCUUCCGUGGCAGCGGUGGCCGCGAGGGUAAUUAACCCUGCGCUGCGCGUGAACGCCCUGCAAAACCGCGUGGGGCCGCAGACUGAAGACGUUUUCGACGACGCCUUCUGGGAACACUUAGACGUCGUUAUAAACGCACUCGAUAACGUGAACGCGCGUCUCUACGUCGACUCCCGCUGCCUCUACUUCAACAAGCCGCUCCUUGAAAGCGGGACUCUCGGCGCGAAAUGCAACACACAGAUGGUCGUUCCGCACGAAACGGAGAACUACGGCGCGUCCCGGGACCCUCCGGAAAAGCAGGCCCCGAUGUGUACGGUCCACUCGUUCCCCCAUAACAUCACGCACUGCUUGACUUGGGCGCGCAGCGAGUUUGAGGGUUUGCUGGAGCGGACCCCGAGUGAGGCGAACGCGUUUCUGAGUGGGCCGGAGAAGUACUGCGAGGAGAUGAUGGGCGCUGGGGAUGCUGCUGCGAGGGAGGCGCUGGAGAGGGUGGUGGAGUGCCUUGUCACGGAGAGGGCCAGCAGCUUCGAUGACUGUGUGUCGUGGGCGCGCCGCAAGUUCGAGGACUAUUUCGCCAAUCGCAUCAAGCAGCUCACAUUCACCUUCCCAGAAAACGCCUCCACCAGUACGGGCCUGCCCUUCUGGUCGCCGCCCAAGCGCUUCCCCACCGCUGUCACCUUCUCCCCAGAGGACCCAACGUGCCUCGCGUUCGUGACAGCUGGCGCGAUCCUACGGGCCGCCACGUUUGGGAUCGAGGUCCCGGAUUGGGCGAGGGACGGGAAGCGGAUGGCUGAGGCGGUUGCUAAGGUGGAGGUGGGAGAGUUUGUUCCGAAACAGGGUGUCAAGAUUGUGACAGAUGAGAAGGCCACCAGCGCUGCCACGUCAGUGGGGGACGACGGCAAGGCGAUUGCAGAGCUGGUGGGGCGGCUCAAGGAGGGCAGCAAGGGGCUUUCCAAGGAGUUCCGCAUGGUGCCAGUGCAGUUUGAGAAGGAUGACGACACCAACUACCACAUGGAUCUCAUGGUAGCUCUCGCCAAUCUCCGUGCACGCAACUACACCAUUGGAGAGGUUGACAAGCUCAAGGCCAAGUUCAUUGCUGGGCGGAUCAUCCCUGCCAUCGCGACUACGACGGCUCUUGCUACUGGCCUCGUGUGUCUCGAACUUUACAAGGUGCUGCAGAACGCCAAGGCGUCUGCCCUGCGCAACACGUUCGCUAAUCUGGCGCUUCCACUCUUCUCCAUGGCUGAGCCCGUGCCGCCCAAGAGUGUGAAGCACAAGGAGCUGACAUGGACCGUGUGGGACCGGUGGACGGUGGAGGGCGAUGUCACAAUGCAGGAGCUGCUGGAUUGGUUCUCGGCCAAGGGGCUGGACGCGUACAGCAUCUCCUGCGGCCAAGCCCUUCUCUACAAUUCUCUCUUCCCGCGUCACAAGGAGCGCCUACCCCGCAAGGUGCUGGAAAUCGCAAAGGAGGUGGCGAAGCUGGAGGUGCCGGCAUACCGGCGCCACUUUGACGUGGUGGUGGCGUGUGAGGACGAGGAGGGAGAGGAUGUUGACGUUCCCAUCAUCUCCAUCAAGUUCCGAUAG